CGAUCAGCUGCAAACAUUUUCGUUAAAAGAUCAGACAAAAAAAGAAGUUCCAUGGGAGCGUUAUAGGAUUAUCACGAGAAAUUUGAGUAACGAAAUAGAGGGGACCAACUUCGGAAAAGAUCAACGAUGUCAAGCAGCAUGUUAUCGAGCCUCUCGGAGACUUUAAAUGCAUCCGAGGCCGCGAUUCGUCUUCUUAUCUCCAUUUUACUUGGUUUACCUAUUGCCCUUGUUCACAGACAUACAUUAUACGGAAAAAGUCCGAUUCUUCAACACUUAUAUUUUUCAUUCGUUGGCCUUUUAAUUUGCUACUGGAAUUAUGAAUUCAGCACGAUACAUUCGGCAACCUCGUUAUGUAUCACUUAUCUCAUCUUGAAAAUUUUUGAAGGUUCUUUCUUAUCGGUUUUAAUUACUUUCGUCUUCAACAUGUCUUAUCUCCUGUAUGGAUAUUUCAUGACGAGUACGGAUGAUUACGAUAUAAAAUGGACUAUGCCACAAUGCGUAUUGACAUUGCGAUUAAUUGGCCUAGCGUUCAAUUUGCUCGAUGGUAAAAGCCCAGAAGGAAAGUUAUCUGCGUCUCAGAAACAGGUAGCCUUGAAAGAGCAACCUUCGUUUCUAGAGGUUGCAGCAUUUAUAUAUUUUCCUGGGUCGUUUCUUGUUGGGCCACAAUUUAGUAUGAAAAGGUACUUAGACUUCGUAAACGGUCGUCUCAUCGAUGACAGCGUAACAGAAGGCGACAUUAAAUUACCAGACUGCGUGGUACCUGGUAUUCGUCGAAUACUCUUUGGAUUUGUAUACGUGAUAUUGUACCAAUUAGGGACUCUGUAUAUUCCCGAUCAGUACAUGCUAAGUGCGGAGUUCGAGAAACACAGCUUCCUGAAACGUCUUUUCUUGAUUGGCUUUUGGGGACAUAUUAAUCUUUAUAAAUACAUUUGUUGCUGGUUGUUCACCGAAGGGGUUUGCACAACAUUUGGACUGACUUACAAUGGUAAAGACAAAAAAAAUCGACCUAUUUGGGAUGGCUGUGAAAAUGUGAAGUUGUUAACCUUCGAAACGGCAACCAGAUUUAAUCAUUAUAUCAUGUCGUUUAACAUAAAUACCAAUCAUUGGUGCGCGGAGUACAUAUACAAAAGGUUGAAAUUUAUGGGGUCUAAAAUCUAUAGCCAGUUCUUCACGUUGGUCUUCCUUGCUGUGUGGCAUGGGUUCCAUUCAGGAUAUUAUGUGUGUUUCUUCAUGGAAUUCAUUAUCAUGUAUGCUGAGAGAGACUUAACUCAGAUAUUAGAGAAACAGGAGAAGCUACAGGAUUUGAUGAAGAAUCAUCUGGAACUUCGUAUUGCUUUUUGGAUUUUUACCAAAAUCUACACGGAUCUUUUUAUGGGUUACAGUCUCGUUCCAUUCAUCCUCUUAUCAUAUUCUCGUUACCAUCAACUUUAUUCUUCCGUUUAUUACUGUGGCCACAUAAUAUACUUGUCGUAUCCCUUCCUGUCCAUACUACUAAAGAAGUUUCUGAUUAAAAAACGUCCGAGAAAGGUUGAAUAAUGUGCGACAGUAAAUUAAUUUAACGUAAGCUUAGCGGUGAUCGUCUUUCGAAGAUAAAUGCAGAAAUUUCCAGAAAAAAGAACAAUAAUAGACAACUUAACUUUGUAAAUAUGAUCAUAGGUUGCAAAGAAGGGGUAAGAAAUGCUUUCAAACUACACAUUUUUAACGGAUGGAAAAUAUUAGAUUAUAGGAUUAUAGAGAAAUUUGUCAUUUGCGUACAAAAUGGGGAAUAUUUUGUUACUAGCUCUUGCCGUCAAAAAUGAUCGUCUUAAUUAACUUAUUAACGCUUGUAAGCGCAUUCUAGAGAUUUCUUCUUGUCGGAAGAACUUCUGGAAGAUCAUUUUUUCUAUGAAAAGGUGCUCAGGAUUUUUUCUUUUCGGUUUAAACGCGGUUUAGCCAGUUAAGUAGAUUCCCAAACUAUUUUUUAGCGAUCGUAGAGAAUUAAAUGAUUAAAUUAUAAAAAGCGCAAUGGCGGCUGUGCAAACUAGUCAAAGGACAAAUCGUAACGAUUUCAAGGAUUUGAACAAAAUUCGCGAAUCGAGGCUUUCCCUUCGAACAAAUAACAGUCACCGUUGCACACGUUUGUAAUUACAUCGCUAUACGAUUUUACAUAUUCGAUCACUGAUCGAACGUUUAGUAAGAAUCUCUAUUUUUCAUACAAUUUCCUUUAAGUGUAUUUACAGAGCUAACAGCAUUUAUAAGGCGAUCAACUUAGAAUAUUCGUUAAUUGAAUUCUUUUACACACAGUUGAAUAGUGUAGACUUAAAUUUGACUAUGAGUGAGACGGGGAAAGACAACGUAUGAAUGAAUGAAUGAUAAAAGAGUUUUAUCUAAUCAGUUCCAUUCAGAAAGUCUAGCACAAGGUAUUUAAGAAAUUCUUAAGUUGAAAGUAUCGCGCAAAAUAUUUUUGCAAAUUAUUCAGAAACGCAACAAUUUUUUUUGCAAAAAGCUAUGUUUAUUGUAAAGUAUUUUAAAUAACUUUUUAUAGAGGCGAAACGUACAUAUCGGGGAUUCUAUCAUCGUAACUAACCCCCUGUGUUGAAAAAUUAUUUUCGAUAUAUAUUUGUAUACAUAUAUUCUGAUAUUAUAACCCCAAAAUUCUAUACCAAAUUAAAAAAAAAUUCUUCUGUAUCUUUUAAUCGUUCUUCUUUUCUUGUUUUCGAAAAAUUGACUUUUGUACUAUUUUAUUCGUUAUCAAUAUACGUUUGAUAGUGUUAGCUGGUUGUAUAUUAUGGUGCCAAUUUGAAUUUGAAAAUUGCUGAAUUUGGUGCUAUAGAAGUUGCACAGGAUAGUACUUAUGACAUAUCAAUUUUAGUCUACCAAAAAUUUUGUGAACUUCCCAGAAUGAUUUUUAAUACGAAUUGAUCAUUAUAUAUGCAACUAUAUGGUGAUAGCAACUAUUUUGUUUGGUGCAGAGAUUUUAGCUUUAGUUUGUCAAUUAAAAAUCCGGUGGUUUGGAAAUGUGUAAAUUUGGGAAUGUGGUGAUUUGAAAGUUUGAUAUUUUGAAAGUAGGUGCUAGAUUGUUAAAUGUUAGACAAUCCUUGUUAAACAUUUCCGCAUAUUUUUUUAACCAGGAGGAAGAAAUACACAGAGAAUUUUACAAAAGUACAAAUAGUUUUAUUAAAAUAUAAAUUCAUUUAUUACAAUUAUUUCUAAUCUAACAUAUCGAACAAAUUCUUUAGUCGAACGUCUAUGUGGUACAAUUUUUUGCACAAGAUGUAAUACCACAUCUUCGGUAAUCUAUGGAUUUACAGUGAUAAAUACUCAAAAUGUCUAAAUCUACGGAAC